ACAGAUGCGCGCGCCCUGCCUCGUGGCGCUGCACAGCGAGGACGCCGCGGCACAACCGGGAGCGCCCCAUCGCUCGCCGCACGAAAGGCAUCGACCACUACCGUCCCAUAGCUAUCAAAAAGACGCUGCCCGCGACUCCAUCAGGCAGCCCCACCGCAAAACAGUGAGCAGUCCGUGGAACGCCGCCGUCGCGACCCCAAGCUAUGGCAUCGACCUGGACGGUCGCGAGCGCCCAGCCUACCGACGCGCGGGGCGACGAGCACACGCCGGCGCCGCGGUAUGGGCACGGCGCGGCCAUCGCCGAGGACAUCAUGACGAUAACGCAUGGGUACUACUUUGACCAUGAAAGGUGCAAGCCCAUGUUCCUGGACGACACGUGGGAGUACCACACGACGCACAAGAAGUGGCGCUACCGAAGUCUCGGUUCCGUGAGGCCGUGCAAGCGCUUCCACGUGCAAUAUGCCUGGGACGCUUCUCACUUGUACUUGUUCGGCGGGACCGAUGGCGGUCUCAGAGUGAACAAGGGCGAGAAUUUUAUUUUUGGCCCUAGAGCGGAGUUUAAUGAUUUGUGGCGCUUGCAACUCAACGAAGAGUCGGCGCGGUGGGAAAAGCUCCACGGCGGCUCGGACGAGACCUACAACGCCGUCGAGGGGCAGGACGUGCCGCGGAAGGCGCACAUGGGCGGCUGCGCCUGCGCCGCCGGCAAAGUGUAUACGUUUGGCGGGCUCUGUGGAGAUGAGAGUGAAGAGCCGGACGGCCUCGAGGCGCUGGGCGAAUUGUGGGCUUGGAAUAUUGGGGAAGCCGCCUGGUCGCGCGCGAAAACGACGGGUUCGAAACCGGACGCGCGGUACGGGUGUGGCAUGGUUUCCGAUGGGGAUGGUUUUUUGCUGACGGGCGGACGAGUGAGGGAUAAGGAGGACGAAGAUGCCCGGAAAUUGUUCGACGACCUCUGGCGGCUAGAUUGUACGACGAUGGCCUGGUCUUUAUUACAUAGAGACCCGCUCCUCAAGCGCGUCGACGCGGCGGUCUGCCGCGCCGGCAACCACCUCAUCCUGUGGGGCGGGAACGUCGCCGAGCAGCCGAUCGCGGCGGAGGUCCCGUGCGACGGCGUUCUGUAUGAUGACCAAUUCAGAGCGUGCGCGCCGCUACCCGUCAGACCGUGCGACGUGCCUUCGGGCUUGACCGAGGCGCCGCCGUUCGGGCGGCUGCACGCGACGCUGGUCUCGAUCCCGGACGGGGCGCGGCGCGUCCUGCUCUUAUUCGGGGGCGAGAGCGUGCACCCGCACAUGUACCACGGGUCCGUCUACGAGGCGCGGCUCUUCCUGCCCGGGAGCAGCGAGGACCCGCCGGACCUCGGGGACCUGUCGCUCGCGCCCGCUCCCGCUCCCGCUCCCGCGCCGGCGCCGGCGCCCGCUUGAGAAAGUACCUUUGUAAAUUCGCAUUUCAGA